CAAUACUUAGGUACCUCCUUGUGUAACCGAUAGAAGCUCCAACAGCGCGGACGUAAUCGCAAUCGCAAUCGCAAUCGCAACGUCAUUUCGAAAAUUUACCAAAACCUCAAGGUUGUCACACCCCCGUUUCUCUGCAAACGCCAAAUAAGACGAGGAAUACAACAUCUACAAUGGGGGCAAAAGCAUCAAAACCCGCCCAAACGACCACGCGCAAAUUCCCCACCAGAGCACCCGGCAGUGCCGCUCCUCCACCACACGCCCGCCCGCGGCCGGCAGUGCAACGGACCCCCGAGCCGCGAGCCUCGCUUACGAAAGAUGACGCAAUCAAAGCGGAUAGCAUAGACCCGGACCCGAACCCGUUUACAAACGCAGCCUUCUCGCAGCGGUUGAAGCAGAUGGGCGUCGCAACGCCCAACCCGACGCUCUCGAACUCGUCCACGGCGUCGUCCUACCCCGGCGCGCCGGACCAAGGACCGCGGAGCCGUGGGUUCCCCUCGCCGGCGCAGAACCCGACGCUAAGCGCCCUGGAGGCGCGGCAACGGCUGGAGGAGCGUGCGACGCUUGAGUUUGAGAAUGUUCGGCAGGGGAGGGAGUUUUUGGACGUGGGGACGUUGAAGCAGGCGCUGGUGCUGCAGGCGCGAGGAACACCGGCCGCUGAUAUCGAGACGAGGUUGCGGCUUAAGAGCGGUGUUGUGAAUAGGUUAGGGCCUAAGGGGGUUACUUUGCCCUUGACUUGACUUAGGGGCAUGAAAUUACACCUGGGGGAGGAAACACGAAAAACAAAUAAAUCAAGUUUGCUGCAUGGCGGAUUUACUAGGGCCCACG